CCAAACAAUAUUGAAGAAAAUAAAGCAAAGCAGAACUGCCCCCCCCCCAUAGCUUUUAUAAUCAGGGAUAAAAUGAAUGUCUGGAAGUGGGGGCUCAGCACCCCGGCUCCCAAGGGCAGACAGCACCCCCUGGCGAGGGGUGGACAGGCAGGGACCACGCCACCUCCCUCGGCCAGGCUUCGGUUUCUGUCCGGCAGCUUCAGCCUUAGCCCAGGGAGUCCGAGGGAGGAGGAGAGAGCCCAGCACAUGCUGUCACGUCCUGGGCAGAGGCCAGACGGUGAAGACGGGAAAGUCCAGACGCUGCAGGCCCUGCAGCAACUGGCUGUCUUCCUCCUGUGGUGCCAUCAGAAGGAGCAGGCCAGGCAGGAGAGGGGGGCCACACAGAAGACCUGGAGGACAGGGAGGCCCCCCCAGGCCUGGCACCAUCAUGCUGCCCACGCAGCCCGUGUGGACGCCCAGCAGCAGAGAGCCUGGCUGUGCAGGUGCUUUGAGGCCUGGCAGCGGUUCAUGCAAAGAGGAUCCCGGUACCGGAACCACCUGGCUGACCGCCGGGCGGGGAUCCUGAGGACGUGCCUGGGACGGUGGGUGCAGAUGAAACAGCUCCAGGUCUCAGAUGGGGCCAAGGUGACCCAGCUGUCCCUCUGCCUGCAGAAGGCAGGUGCGUAAAUGAUGGGUGAGGGGCUCCCACCCCAGCAGACUGUGUCCCUCGAGCCCCUUCCUCUGCGGGCCCCAGUCGAAUGUGUGGAUCCUUGUCCUGGGAGGUGGUAGAACUGGGGGCCUAGGAGGGUCCAGGAGGGUUCCCCGGAGUGGGCAGGCCUUGGCUGGGACACAUCCCCACCCCCCAUCACAAGCUGCUCUGGGCGAGAGAGACUUUGUCUCAUCUCCUGCCCCUGCAGGCUCCCUGAUCAUCUCACAUCCCCCCGGAAGGGGUGUGUCUGUCCUUGCUCUUGGGAAGCUUCUGCUCUGAUGGGGGACACCCAGCCCUGCCCCCACCCCACAGCCUGACAGGGGAAGAUGGGAUCUUUGAGGCCUCCUGGAGGGGGUCUUGGAGACGGUGGUUGGGGGCAGAGGUCCCACGGGGGCCUGAGGCGGCAGCUACCGACAGCUCCGGGCAGAGGAGGGUCGGUGGGGACCUG